AUGGAUGUUCAGAAAUCUAGAGACACACCCACAACCAUUUUGAUGCUUCCAUGGAUUGGCUAUGGCCAUCUCUCUGCCUACUUGGAGCUAGCCAAAGUUCUAUCUAGAAGGAACAACUUUCUCAUCUACUUCUGUUCAACUCCUGUUAAUCUUGACUCCAUUAAACCUAGGCUAAUUCCUUCUUCUUCCAUUCAAUUUGUGGAGCUUCAUCUUCCUUCUUCUCCUGAAUUUCCUCCCCAUCUUCACACAACAAACGCCCUUCCCCCUCGCCUUACGCCCACCCUCCACAAAGCCUUCGCUGCGGCUGCCUCACCCUUCGAGGCAAUUUUACAAACACUAUGUCCGCAUCUCCUCAUUUAUGACUCUCUGCAGCAAUGGGCACCACAGAUAGCUUCCUCCCUCAAUAUUCCUGCUAUCAACUUCAAUACAACCGCAGCUUCCAUCAUCUCUCAUGCUCUUCACAAUAUCAACUAUCCGGAUACUAAAUUCCCACUCUCAGAUUGGGUUCUUCAUAAUUACUGGAAAGGCAAAUACACCACCGCCAAUGAAGCCACUUUAGAAAGAAUCCGCCGAGUUAGAGAAUCGUUUCUGUAUUGCUUGAGUGCUUCUCGCGAUAUAACUCUGAUAAGUAGUUGCAGAGAGAUUGAGGGAGAAUACAUGGAUUACCUCUCUGUUCUGUUGAAAAAGAAAGUAAUCGCAGUUGGUCCUUUGGUAUACGAGCCAAGAGAGGACGAUGAAGAUGAAGAUUAUUCAAGGAUCAAGAAUUGGUUGGACAAAAAAGAAGCAUUGUCGACGGUUCUGGUAUCAUUCGGAAGCGAAUUCUUCCCGUCGAAAGAAGAAAUGGAAGAAAUCGGGUGCGGAUUAGAAGAGAGUGGAGCUAAUUUCAUAUGGGUGAUCAGGUCUCCGAAAGGAGAAGAGAAUAAGAGGGUUGAGGAGGCGUUGCCGGAAGGAUUUGUGGAGAAAGCGGGAGAAAGGGCAAUGAUAGUGAAAGAGUGGGCGCCUCAGGGGAAGAUAUUGAAGCAUCGGAGCAUUGGAGGAUUUGUGAGUCAUUGUGGAUGGAAUUCGGUGAUGGAGAGUAUAAUGCUUGGAGUACCUGUAAUAGCGGUUCCGAUGCAUGUGGAUCAGCCGUAUAACGCCGGACUUGUGGAAGAAGCAGGGCUCGGAGUGGAGGCGAAGCGAGAUCCCGACGGCAUGAUACAGAGAGAGGAAGUAGCAAAGCUGAUUAGAGAAGUAGUAGUAGACAAAAGCCGAGAAGACUUGAGGACGAAGGUAAUAGAAAUGGGUGAGAUUUUGAGGAGUAAAGGAGAUGAGAAGAUUGAUGAGAUGGUGGCUCAAAUUUCUCUCUUGCUUAAAAUAUGA